UGAAAAGAUGGAUGAUAUAGAUACCUACAUUGAGACUAUCAAGGAAGGAGGAAUUCUUGAAGAGAACGAAGUGAAAGCCUUAUGAGAUAAAUCAAAGGAAAUCCUCAUGGAUGAGAACAACAUCAUUCAGGUUAGUGCUCCCUGUAAUAUAGUUGGAGAUCUUCAUGGGCAGCUUCAUGAUCUCCUGGAAUUAUUCAGGAUUAAUGGGGAGCCUCCUGAUGCUAACUAUGUUUUCCUUGGAGACUAUGUAGAUCGAGGCUACAAUUCAGUUGAGACGAUCCAGUUGUUACUCUGUUUGAAAGUAAAAUUUCCAAGAAGGAUUGUGCUUAUUCGAGGAAAUCAUGAGACAAGACAAGUCACGAGUGUAUAUGGCUUCUAUGAUGAAGUCGUUAGAAAAUAUGGAAAUGCCAACUGAUGGAAAUUAAUCACAGAAGUAUUCGAUUGCAUGAGCAUUGCUGCUAUCAUUAACGAUGAAGUUUUGUGAGUCCAUGGCGGCCUUUCGCCUGAAGUCGAGACUUUUGAUCAAAUCGAGAUGAUUGAUAGAUUUCAAGAAAUUCCUUCCAGUGGGUCAUAUUGAGACUUAACAUGGUCAGACCCAACAGAUGAAACAGAUUCCUGGGGCAUUUCUCCCAGGGGAGCAGGAUAUUUAUUCGGAAAAUCAGCCACUAGUAGAUUUUGAUACGUAAAUAGAAUAGGGUUUAUAUGCAGAGCCCAUCAAUUAGUACUUGAGGGAUAUCAAUAUUGGCAUGAUAACCAGAUAAUGACAGUCUGGUCAGCUCCAAACUAUUGAUACAGGUGAGGGAAUCAGGCUAUCUGUCUCAACUUUGAUGAAGAUCUUCGAAAGACCAUAAACAUUUUUGAUGCAGCUCCUGAAAACAAAAGAGCUGUUCCCACAGAGAGUUUGAUUCCGUAUUUCCUCUAGCUUAUUAAAAAUAGUGACUUAUUUUUCAAUUC